AUGGCGAAGGUGAAACAGUGGCGGAAAGCAGCAUCAAUGGAUGGAGCUGCGUCAAUCCUUAGGUUUGAUCUUGGCCAAGGAAAACACAGUGGCAGCCUUGCUAGACCUGUUUCUGUGCAGCGUGCAUUAUCCAUUCUUGAGAUGGAGGUUGAGCAAAUAAAAAAUUAUGAGCAUUAUAUGCAGAAAGAAAUUCAUGAACAACCAGAAUCUCUGACAACAACAAUGCGAGGCAGACUUAUACAAGGAGGUUCGUGCAAAGCGAAAAGUGUUCUUUUAGGUGGACUGAAGGAUCACCUGAGAACUAUCAGGAGAAGCAGGCGUAUUGUUUUUAUUGGCUGUGGCACAAGCUAUAAUGCUGUUUUAGCUGCAAGACCCAUAUUGGAAGAACUUUCUGGUAUUCCUGUUACAAUGGAGGUUGCUAGUGAUCUGUUGGAUAGGCAGGGACCAAUAUACAGAGAAGAUACAACUGUUUUUGUUAGUCAAUCUGGUGAAACUGCAGAUACGUUACAUGCAUUAAAGUAUGCAUUAGAAAAUGGUGCACUAUGUGUUGGCAUUACAAAUACUGUUGGUAGUGCAAUUGCCAGGAACACACACUGUGGUGUCCAUAUAAAUGUUGGUGCUGAGAUUGGUGUGGCUAGUACCAAGGCAUACACUAGUCAAAUAGUAGUGAUGGCUAUGCUAGCACUGGCAAUUGGUGGCGAUGCAAUAUCCAGUCAAGCAAGAAGAGAGGCUAUAAUAGAUGGCCUAUUUGAAUUGCCAAGCAAAGUCAGAGAGGUGUUGAAGCUUGACCAAGAAAUGAAGGAUCUUACGAAACUAUUGAUUGCUGAGCAGUCAUUGCUUGUGUUUGGGAGAGGAUACAACUAUGCAAUGGCUCUUGAAGGGGCCUUGAAAGUGAAGGAGGUGGCACUUAUGCACAGUGAAGGUAUACUUGCUGGUGAAAUGAAACAUGGUCCUCUGGCUUUGGUUGAUGAAAAUCUUCCAAUUGUUGUUAUUGUUACCCGUGACGCUUGUUUCAGGUUAGUUUUGCUAUGAUGAAGAACAGUUACAUCUUUUGAAAUUGCAAAUGUCAUUUUCUGCUGGCAUGUUCUUGUUUG